GCGGCACACUAUGCUAUGCUGGUGCAAUCCGUUGACGCGAUGACGCCACCAAUCCCCCAACUUUCAACGCAGGCACCCGCCGCCAAGGAUCUUAUCUGAAAGCAGCUUGGGGAUUGAUAAUUCGGGUCGCCGCCACCCAGAAUUCUUGGCCUGGAUACUAUUGUAAAACUCAUUAUCUGCUUCAGGGCUGCCUCCACAGCAUCAAUCAUGAAGUUCUCACUCGCGGCUCAAGUCGCGGCUCUUCACUUGUUCCAAUUGGCAUCUGCCGAGGAGCAACAGGUUCCAUUGGGGCCGAUUGAAGAAGCAUGGGAGUCGGGCAAGAAGCCAAACAUCGUCUUUAUCCUGACUGACGACCAGGACCUCCACAUGGACUCAUUGGACUAUGUGCCACUCAUCCAGAAGCACCUGAUCAACCAAGGCACCCUGUACAAGAGACAUUUCUGUACCACGGCACUUUGCUGCCCCUCUCGAGUGUCUCUGUGGACCGGAAAGCAGGCUCACAACACCAAUGUGACGGAUGUCAACCCGCCCUACGGCGGCUAUCCAAAGUUCAUCAAGCAGGGUUUCAACGAGGCCUACCUGCCGGUGUGGUUGCAGGAGGCAGGCUAUGACACCUACUACACUGGCAAGCUGUUCAAUGCCCACACCGUUGAGAACUACAACGCCCCCUACGUUGCUGGCUGGACAGCUUCCGAUUUCCUUCUGGACCCAUUCACGUACCAGUAUCUGAACGCGACCUACCAACGCAAUGGCGAAGCCCCGGUCAACUACGCAGGUCAACACACGGUUGACAUUCUCACCGAGAAGGCGUACGGGUUCUUGGACGAUGCUGCCAAGGGCGACCGGCCAUUCUUCCUAGGCAUUGCCCCCGUGGCUCCCCACAGCAACGUGUAUCUCAACUCAACCACCACCGACCUUGAGCACAUCGUCGAGGCCGUCUUCUCGCCUCCAAUCCCUGCCAAGAGGCACGAGCACCUCUUCAAGGACGCCAAGGUGCCGCGGACGAAGAACUUCAACCCCGACAAGCCCUCAGGCGCCAACUGGGUCCGACGCCUGCCGCAGCAGAGCCAGGAGAACGUCGACUACAACGACCACUUCUACCGCCAGCGCCUGAGGGCCCUGCAGUCUGUGGACGAGCUCGUCGACGGCGUCUUCAAGCGGCUGGAGGAGUACGGCCUGCUCGAGAACACCUAUGUCUUCUACACGACCGACAACGGGUACCACAUCGGCCAGCACCGGCUGCAGCCCGGGAAGGAGUGCGGCUUCGAGGAGGACAUCAACAUCCCGCUGAUCGUGCGCGGGCCCGGCGUCCCCGUCGGCAAGGUCGCCGAGAUCGUGACCACCCACGUCGACCUGGCGCCCACGAUCCUGAACCUCGCCGGCGCCCCCAUCCGCGCUGACUUUGACGGAGACGCCAUCCCGCUGACCGCGGACGCGCUGGCGGUCGAUGCCGAGGGGGGCCACCGCCACGAGCACGUCACUGUCGAGUAUUGGGGUUUCGCGGCGACCGAGGGCGACUACUUUGAGGGCGAGGACCGCAUCACUUUUAAUAAUACGUACAAGGCGCUGCGCAUCAUCAGCAAGUCGUACAACUUGUACUAUUCGGUCUGGUGCAACAACGAGCACGAGCUCUACGACCUGACGACCGACCCCGGCCAGCUCCACAACCUCCUCCACCCAGACGAGGCUGCCCUCGCCCCGGCCACGCUCCUGGGCGUCCCCCUGGAAAAGGCCGUGGCGCGCCUGGACUCGCUCCUCCUGGUGCUCAAGUCCUGCAAGGCGCAGACGUGCGUCCGCCCCUGGCGGGCCCUGCACCCGGACGGCGACGUGCGCGAUCUCGUCGACGCCCUGGCGCCGCGGUUCGACGCCUUCUACGAGAAGGAGCAGCUGCGUGUUCGGUACGAUCGCUGCGAGCUGGGGUAUAUCAUCGAUGCGGAGGGGCCGCAGUUCGAGACGGAGGGGGUUGUUUAUAGGCAUGGGGCCAGGUGGGAUCAUUGGGUUUGAUCCGGAGGAGCGGGAUGAGACAUUUUGGGAGUGGGUACAAAAGAGCUUGGCGUUGACGAUGUGGUAUCGGAGCGUAAAAGUUGUAUGAUCUAUCUUGUUCCCCGCGCGCAGUUGCGGGCCGUUAGCUUGUCUUUUUUCGGCGCCUAUGACGAUGUUCGAACCCGA